CGUAGCAACAAUAACCAAGGUGGAUGAUGAGAUUCAGAUCUUGCUGAACUCAGCUCAAUUUCACCAUCUUCUUCUUCUUCUUCUUCUUCUUCAAAUUCGAAGCUCAUUCUGAAUCGUCCAUGUCCAUGCCCAUGAGCAGCACGCUACCGCCCUCACAGACAAACUCAGAGGGCGCAAGGGUGUUUUCCGGCGGCUUCACGCGCCUCUGCAAGGGUCUUUCCGUUCUUCUUCUCGCCCUUCACCUUCUUCUUCACAUUUUCCCUUCCGCUAUCACCUACCUCGCUCUCAUUCCCGCAAGGACUAUCCCUUUUGCCUGGAACCUCAUCACUGCUGGUUACCUUGAACAAUCUCUACAUGGGGUUGUGAUCAGCAUUAUCUGUCUCCUCUUCAUUGGCAAGCUGCUUGAACCAGUUUGGGGUCCUAGGGAAUUUAUCAAGUUCAUCUUUGUUGUUAACAUCUUAACUUGUGUCUGCAUUUUCAUCACUGCUAUUGCCUUAUACUACAUUACAAGUCUGGAGACUUACCUUUAUAAACCACUUUCUGGCUUUGAUGGAGUUAUUUCUGGGUUCUUGGUUGGCAUCAAGCAAAUUAUACCAGAUCAAGAACUUCCUUUCCUUAAGUUAAAAAUGAAGUGGUUACCAUCUAUUGCUUUAUUGUGUUCUGUUGCCAUGAGCUUCUGGAUAGAUGAGGCAAUAGCACAUCUUCCAACAGUGAUAUUUGGUACAUAUAUGAGCUGGAUUUACCUCAGAUACUGGCAGAGGAAGCCAGAAACAAAGCUCAAGGGUGAUCCCAAUGAGGAUUUUGCAUUCUCUACCUUUUUCCCAGAGUUUUUAAGACCAGUAAUAGACCCUGUUGCGUCAAUAUUUCACCGAAUGCUCUGUGGAAGAUCUGAUGCCUCUAAUGAUUCCGAAGGCUACACUUUGGGAGGUGAACCUAUGCUAGGUUCUGACCCCAUUGAGGCAUCUAGGAGAAGGGAAAGAGGUGCCCGAGCACUGGAAGAAAGGUUGGCUGCUGAGAGGUUGGCUACUUCACACAAUGCAGGGGAAUUGCAAACAGAUGCUGCAGGAAAUGUAUAAUUCCUUAGCUUUUGUACAUUCACAUAUGUUAGACCAAUAUAUGAAACUAUCAUGAGUGACAUUUUCACAGAUGGUAAAGUAAUGAGAAAGUUUUUACUGCCUUUAAGGCAGAUUUUAA